AUGACUACAAUCAGUCUUUUCGAGAUUGACUUGUCCACAGGCAAGAAGUUGUCCAAAGAACAGAUUGUGUGGAAAGGAACUGGCGGCAACUGUCCUGAAGACCCGCAUAUCUAUAAGAAAGAUUGUUUUUACUAUCUACUGAUCUCCGAAGGUGGCACAUUCCAGGACCACAUGAUCACCGUCGCCAGAUCGAGCAACAUCUGGGGUCCAUACGAGACCGGAACAGACAACUACAUUCGUUGCACUGAACAUUGCGAUAUGUUCCAGGAUGAGCAGGACAGAUGGUGGGGUGUAUGUCUCGGUAUGCGCAUGCGAGACUCGAGGUUCAUGAUGGGUCGCGAGUCCUUCCUGGUCUCCGGGAAAUGGGAGCAAGAUGGCUGGCCAAAUAUUGACACGACCACCAUCAUCGAAUCGCCAAAGAGCGGUCUGGACUGGCUGUACAUUCGUAAUGCAAAUCUGCAAGAUCACGAGAUCGAUGACAGAUCAAUUUGUCUCUUACCGAGCAAAGCGGAUCUUUCGCGAUGGCAGGAGCCUGUUUCGUUUGUCGGCAAACGGCAGAGAAAGCUUGAGGGCCAUACUUCAGUGAUUCUGACGGCCUCAAAGGACGGUCUUUGCCGAGCGGGCUUGGUAAACUACAAAGACGAACACCCCUACACUCGAAUCUGGUAUGAUAGCGGCAAAAGAAUUGUCCGCUUUGGAGUCAUCAACAACGCAAAGAAGAUUUCACGAGGUCACGAAGCCAAGAUUGAGAAUGACAUUGAGGAGCUUCAUUUAUUGAUUAAGUAUACUAAGAAGCAACUCGUCCUUCAGUACAUGGAGGAGGAUGGGGCGUUAGAGACCAUUGGAACCGUUGAUACGGAAGAGCUUUCGAAUGCAAACUUUGUCGGCCCUAUCAUUGGCGUGUUCGCGACAUCAGACAGCAAUUGCUCUCCGCCAGUGCUGUUCAAGAAUUUCAGAAUCGAUCAGUGA